AUGGGUCAGCAACAUAAAAAUUUAUUGAAGAAAAGAAUGGAAGAACAGGAAGAGAAGAAGAGAAUGUUCUACAAGGGAACUCAAAAAAGUGAACCUGUUGAUUAUAGUGACAAUAUGGGUGAAACUGAAUUUUCUGAUUUGGAUCAUGUCAUGAAUAGAAGUGAGCUUGAAAUUCAAACAGGUGUUAUCAAUAGAUUAAGGCUAUCUGAAUCAGUUGUUGGCAUUAUUAUACCACAAAUUCAAGAUUGGAUUUGGCUUCCAAAUUCAGUUUCUGCAUGGGAAUAUAGAGAUUCAAAAUGA